AGUCUUUAAAUAGAGCUCCUCCCCGCUCCUCGACCUCGGUGACCGCUGUCCUGCCACAACUGACCAAGUCCAACCCCAUCCAUCUUGAAGCCAAGACAUGGAGCGAACCUUCAUUGCAGUGAAGCCCGAUGGCGUCCAGAGGGGACUGUGUGGCGACAUCAUCAAGCGUUUCGAGCAGAGAGGUUUCAGACUGGUCGCUGCCAAGUUCAUGCAGGCCUCUGAUGACCACAUGAAGAAGCACUACCUGGACCUGAAGGACAAGCCUUUCUAUGCUGGACUCUGCAAAUACAUGUCCUCUGGACCCAUCCUCGCCAUGGUGUGGGAGGGACAGAACAUUGUGAAGUUGGCCAGGAUGAUGCUGGGUGAGACCAACCCUGCUGACUCCAAGCCCGGCAGCAUCCGUGGAGAUCUCUGCAUUGACAUCGGCAGAAACAUCAUCCACGGCAGCGACACUGUGGAAAAUGCCAAGACUGAGGUCGACCUGUGGUUCAAGGCAGAGGAGUUUGUCUCCUACACCCCCUGUGCCCAGCCCUUCCUGUAUGAGUAAACUGGCCAAUCAGCAGCCUGUAAACUAGACCCCGCCCCUGUCACAAACACUCCCCCAACAGUCUCUUACCUGCCAGCUGGGAUUUUCUACCAAAAUCUUUUGAAAUAUGUAGCAAUGACCAAUAAAGUCUCAUGGCAAAAA